GUGGCGUCACGCGGAAGUAAUUCGGGCAAGAUGGCAGCGUCCUUGACAGGCAUGUUUUGAUUUCAGUGGCGUGUCAAACAUGCUCGGCAGUCGAAAAUUUCACGGGCUGAACGGCUGACAGCAAGACCGGAACAUGGAGAGACGAGAGUUUGUCGCGUCCCUGGUUGCAGGAGGCUGUGCAGGGAUGUGUGUGGAUCUGACCCUCUUCCCCCUGGACACCAUUAAGACCAGACUGCAGAGUCAGCAGGGCUUCUACAAGGCAGGGGGCUUCAGGGGCAUCUACGCUGGGGUCCCAUCUGCUGCUGUCGGCUCCUUCCCCAAUGCUGCUGCUUUCUUUGUCACCUACGAAUGCACAAAGUCCCUGCUUGGUGCUGGCGGAGCAGUAGCAGCGCCGCACGUGGCACCUGUCACUCACAUGCUGGCCGCCUCCCUGGGUGAAAUAGUGGCGUGUCUUAUCCGUGUCCCCACAGAGGUGGUCAAACAAAGGACCCAAGCUUCUCCCUCAUCCACCACCUACCACAUGCUUCUGGCUACGUUCAGAGAAGAGGGUGUUCGAGGCUUGUACAGAGGAUUCGGGAGUACAGUUCUCAGAGAGAUCCCGUUCUCACUGGUACAGUUUCCACUUUGGGAAUAUUUAAAGACUCUGUGGUCGUGGAGGCAAGGUCACACGCUCUACUCUUGGCAGGCUGCAGUGUGCGGAGCUUUUGCAGGUGCGGUAGCGGCUUUUGUCACCACUCCUCUUGACGUGGUGAAGACCAGGAUCAUGCUCGCAAAGGCUGGGUCCACCACAGCAAGUGGCAACAUCCCAGUGGUCCUCUAUGACGUGUGGAAGAGCCGAGGCCUUACAGGCUCUACGGGAAGCUACUAUCUGGGAACACAAAAACAAGGAAAUUCUCACCCUGAACCAGAAACGUGACCUCAUUGUGGCAAAAGAGGAAAAGUCAGGGCGAAGUUUUGCACCAAUCCAUCCAUAUUAUGUUGAGAUAUUUCACUGGAUAUGUGAAAACUCUGACCUGCUGGUGGAGGUAGAGGAAGAGCUGGGAUCACCAAAGCCAGUAGGAUUCAUCGUCUGGGGAGCAUGAAUGUCUGUACAAAAUCUCAAGGCAAUUGAUUCACGUUUCUAGUUAAAGUUAUAGUGGUUAAAAAUACAACGUGCUCAUUUGAUACUUAAAAGUAGCAUUGAAAACGCACCAGUGAUGGUGAAAUAAGAUUGGUCCUGCAGGCUGUUGAAAAGAAACUGGUGACGUUCUUAAAUGUUGCGUGUAAAAUAAUCUGUAUACAUUUUCUGUACACACUCAAAGCCACUGUUUGACUCCUCUGUUAAGGCCUCUAUCUGGAUUGU